GAAAGUUGGAGUUGCAGCAGAAGUUGGAGAAGAAAAACACCAUGUAAGCAGGUUUUGUGCGGUUACAGAGGACAUGACUGCAUCAAGCGAUUGUAGGAGAAUCAUGAUGAUAAUGAGUUGCAAUGUGAACUACCAAAUGACCAUGAAGUUCAAGCAGAUCCAAUGGAUAUUGAACAAAUAAAGGAGAAUCAUGAUGAUGAUGAGUUGCAAUGUGAACUACCAAAUGACCAUGAAGUACAAGCAGAUCCAAUGCAUAUGGAACAAGUAGAGGUGGAAUCAACUACAGACGACAACUUUUCCCAACCAACACCUUUUGGAAGUCAGUUAUCAUCUGAAUGGCAGGAUUCUCAAGAGCAUGAAGAUAGUCCAUUACGUAAAAGGAAGGCCUUGAAUACUUUUCUUGAUGCCAUAGGUGUUAGUCCAAUCAAAAAAACACUAACUGUUGAAUUUGAAUCUGCAUCAAAAAGGACACAGAAUGAUUAUCUAAAAAAAUCAAAAGAUAUUAUUCACAACAUCAUUUCUAUCAUCGCCCCUAACCAAGAGGCUCUGUUAGAAAAGGCUAUUUAUUCAAGUAAUCCAGACAACGAAGACACAAGCAUUAUUGAAUCUAUUUCAAAAGCUUAUUCUAGCAUGACCAGCUGGGGAACUCAGAGACAACUUCUUUCUUUAUUGGUGGAGGACCACAGUUACAAUGAGAUUAAGGAGUACAUACCAUCUCUGUCAAAAUACAAGUAUACUGCGGCUCGUAAGCAUGCUGCGAUCAAUGGCAUUGGCAUGCCAAUAGAGAAUAGAUCACAGACAAGAGAAAAAGCUACAAAGGAGCAGAUAGAACAUUUCUUAGAGUUCAUAAUGUCUCCAGCAAUAAUGACUGAUUCCCCAUUUGGUACUUGUUCAUAUAAAAUCUCUUCAGGAAUCACUUUGAAUGUUCCCAAAAUAAUUCUGAACAGUGUACGGACUAGAACUGUAUCAUUAUAUAUGAAGUUCUGUGAGGAAGUAGAGUUUCGAAAUGUUCUUUCUGAAAGGUCAUAUAUGAGGAUCUUGGAAGCAGUUGAACCAGGUAUCAGGAAGUCAAUGAGAGGACUUGAUAAUUUUGCCGCUGGUGGAAGCCAGGCUUUUGAUGACCUCAAAAACGUUGUUAGAGUAUUAGGUCAGCUUGGAAAAGGACACGAAUGGUCAGAGAAGAUGACUGGCAUGCUUAAUGAAGGAAAGCAGUACUUAAAAGUUCAAUACAAGUUGCACAUCAGUGAGAACUCUGAAAUACCUGACCACUGCUGUACUCAUGCGCUGUCAUCAGAGGACACUGCUUAUUCAAAAGCAUGUGACCAUUCACAUCAGAAAGUUUGUGAUGAAUGCAAUGGCAUCACCAGUCUAUUGGAUGAGUUACAGGGAACAAUUAGUUGCCAUGAGGUUAACUUCACUGAUCAUGACCAAAAAGAUGACAUUCAAUAUACAGUUGCAGAGAGUGUGAAGUUGAUUAAAGAAUGGAAAAUGCACAUUAUUCGCACAGUAAACCAAGACAGAGCAAGAACGAAUAUUUUGAAAAAUAUGAAGUCGGAUGAAGCACUUCUAGAAAGAGAUUGGGCUAUGAAGUUCCUUCCCCUACAAUACAGAGAAUCCCAAGCAAAAUGGUUUGCUAAAAGAGGGCUGUCAUGGCAUAUCAGUGUUCUGUCAUGGAAAGAGGAAGCCUUAAGAUCAGCUACCUUUGUUCAUGUUUUUGAUAUUGCAAAUCAGGAUGCAAUAACAUCAGCUGCCAUUCUGCAAGAUACUCUGGGUCGAAUAAAGAAUCUUAAUGCAGCAAUACAGAAUGUUUAUGUACGGUCUGACAAUGCUGGCUGUUACCAUUCAGUUUAUGGCAUUGGAGUUGUUCCUUGCAUUAACCAAAUGAACAGAAAUGAUAUGAAUAUAAAACGAAUGGAUUUCUGUGACCCACAAGGUGGUAAAUCAAUUUGUGAUCGAAAAGCUGCUCAUAUAAAAUGGUACAUAAAAAGAUUUGUGAAUGAAGGAAAUAAUGUCUUGAAUGCCAGUGACUUCAAGGCUGCUCUUGAAAACAAGAUGAACAAUGUUCAAGUUAUUGUGUCUUUGCCACCAAUUUCCAAAUCACCAAAAGUGUUGCUGAAAUUACAAAACAUCAGUCAGCUUUUUGAUUUCAGUUAUGACAACAGAAAUUUGACUGCUUGGAAGCAGUAUGAGAUCGGAAAAGGCAAAACAAUAAAUUAUGACACUGCAGGAAUUAAUUUAAAUUGGGUAAUCCCUGAAAUUACUCCUAAGUCUGUAUCCGAGGUCACAUUAACAUGUCCACCCAUGGAAACACAGACAAACGUAAAUUCUUCAUCACCCACAUGUCAAGAACAAGAUGCAACAGCAUCCUCAUGUAUAGAUGUCAGCAACCAAGAAAUGGUGGAAUCGUCGUGUGCAGAUGACUGCAGCAAUGUAUUCACCUGUCCAGAGGAUGGAUGCAUAUCUACAUUUUUAAGAUACGGCCAUUUGUGUAACCACUUAGAUACAGGAAACCACACUUUUUCAGUUGAGAGAAUGGACUUGCAGGAUCGCUCAAGAUUUUCGUAUGCUAUCCUAAUUGAAAAUAGACUUACUGGUCCAAAUUUGAAUGGAUCAAAAGAUGCUUCUUCAGAAAUUCAACCAAGGUGA